AGUGCAUAAAAAGCAAAUAAGCAGAACGCACGUAAAUAAUGCUUAAACAACCAGUGAAUAAAACAACUAAUACGAGUAGAUACAAUUAAGCGGCAAACAAGCAGUCUUACUUAAACGUACGUUAAAAACAAACAACUAGGAAGGAACCUAUAAAACUAGAUAACUAGUCAAUAAAAAAAAAAAGCAAGAACAUUUUUUGAACAAAAAAAUUUUAUACCCAGACUGCAAUUUGAAAAAAAAAACAAAUCUUAACGUAUAAAAAAAUAGUUAUGGAUAAAGUUGAACGUUCCAUAGUGGCGGUAACAGACUAAUAAACAACUAUUUGCUACUCGCUGGGUAGUGUGUAGAGUUCUUUUAAAAGUUUUAAAACACCUUUCCUAAAAUGCUUCGUUCGAACGAAACUAACAUAGUAAUGGGAGUAUUAAACAGCAAUCAAACGAUAAAUAUACAAAAUAAUAUGAAUAAUCUAAAUAAUGAUGCAAUGGGUUGUCUGGGCCAACAGCAAGUAGCAGCCAGUGCACUCGAAGCACUACCCAAAGCAUUUGUACAAUCAAUGAAAACAUUAUUCGAUAUAUUAGAUGAUCAACAGACAGGAUAUGUAAAAUUUAUUGAUAUAGAAAAAGGAUGGCAAGAUGAUGGUAGUAAAGGUUUACCUAGAGGUGUUAUGGAAUCUUUACGCAAAGUAACACCACCUAGUGGCCUAUUGACAUUUGAGAGAUUUUGUGCUGGUUUAAAAUUAUGUUUGCUACGCAAUCAAAGUCAUGCCCAGGCUCAACAAAGUGAAAAUGUGCAAAUAAAAACAAUAAAUAACAAUGUUAAUAACCAGACAGCGAAUACUACAAACAGUGGGGCUUGGAAGAAUAAGUCUAGUGUUAAGAUAGCCAGACCACCCUCUGCGCCAGUUUUAGAUAUACAAAAUCCUUUGCCCGCUAAUCGUUGGUCGGCAAAUGUAAGACCUCACAAUAUUUCUACAUCACAUAGAGCAUUAAGUCUGCCACAAUUAAGUCCCGAUUCCGAAGGAGAGCUGACAGUAACAGCCCAUCCUUACAAUUCACCGCCUCCCCCACCCAAACCACCAAGAGCCUCCGCUUUAAAUGCCAAGUCCACGAAUACGGGAAUUUUAAGUGCCUCUAAUAAGGCGGAAAUACGUAAUGCUUUACAAAAUUGGCAAAUGGGCGUAAUGCGCAAUGAAUUGGAUCUAAAGGAAAAACAAAAUACUAACAAUUUCUUACAACAAUGUGGUUAUCGAGGUAGUGCAGAUGGUGGUUCUUCUUCGGCCACUGAUAGUGGCAAUAUUACAAAUAUGCCCUUAAAGAAAACUACAACCAAGAGGAGAGAACCACGAAGACAUACUUUACAGAAUGGUAUUGAUUAUAAUAUGUUAAAGCGUCUUAAACAAUAUGAAGAGGAGAGAGAGGUUUUACUAUUGGGUUUGAAUUCGGUGGAUAAAACCAGAGAAUGGUAUAUGCAACAAAUAGUUAAUGUACAAGAGAAAAUCAAAUAUCUGGGACGUAUGGGAUCUUCCAAUGUGGAACAAUGGUCGGAGGUGCAGCAAGAACGUUUGAAUUUCCAAAGGGCUCGGGUGCUGGAAGUUAACAGAAGUCUUUCUGCUCUAGCAGAAUGCUGGGAAAGAGGUGGUUUUCCUUUCCAUUUCAAUUUGGCUAUAAGAACUCCCUCGAAAACUAGCGUGAAUCGAACAAAUGCUAAUGCUAGCACAACUAUUUCUGAUCGUCUGCGUCAACAGAAUCGUUUAUUGGCCAAUGAGGGCCACCUAAAGAGUGAACGUAUUGCCAUGUUGGAAAGAGAAAAACAAACUCUAUUGGCAAAAUUUUUUGAACUGAAACAACGCUCUGGCCUUGCUAGACACACGAAUAGUUAUUUAAAUGUUUUAAGUCAAUCAUCACCCGGAUGUAGUUCUUCUUCGGGUGGUUUAGGAGAUGCUGAUGUAGUUUAUUGACUAUAAAGCAAAAAUAUAUUAGUUUAAUAAAAUUGUUUUAAAUCCAUUUUGGCAAUAAAAUUUUAUGC